AUGCCUGGAAAAUCGGGCGGGGAAAGUGCACAGAAUGACGAUUUCUGGAAGGAUUCGGAUGGAAAACGACGCGAAGUGAUUAUUGCAGAAUCCCGGAAAAACGGAACGAUUUUAUCAUCUGAUAUCAACCAUCAAGAGAGCAGAUUUUCGCUUCAUCAGCGUCGUCCGUACCAUUUGUUAAGAUCCAAACGAGAUUUAAGCGACAAUGUCUACCUGCACAGAUCAAAGCGGUUCAUGAUUCCCAUUGGUAUUUCCAAGAAGAAGAGUAGUUUUCUGGAUAAUUUUCGGAAAAGAGUAAGCGCCAUCCAGUCGAACAGAGAAAAGCUGAAAAAAUCCGGAACACGUGGAAUGAAACUCAGUUUCCCUUUCUUAGGUAACAGUCAGAAUGGUGAGUGUAUUUCCUCAAAAAGAAUAUUCCGAGUCUUUCCAUGCUUUAAUCUAUUACGGUUCCCUAAUUUGCAUCGUCUCCAUUCCCUGGGAGCUCCCCAAAAAAUGCUCAGUUUGUUUGCUUUGUUUCUAACUCAUAUACCAUCAUUAAUAUCUAUACAUCUAUUUUAUCUUUGGUUCCUGUACACUCAAUGUCCUGUUUCUGUCUGUAACAAUAUCUAUCAUCUAUCUAUCCUCUAUCUAUCUAUCUAUCUCUUAUAUUUUUCCUUUCAUCUAUCUAUCUAUAUCUAUCUCUAUCUAUCUAUCUCAAUGUUUGUUUGCUUGUUUCUAUCUAUCUAUCUAUCUAUCUAUCUAUCUAUCUAUCACUCAAUAUGUUUGAUUCUAUCUAUCUCUCAAUCUAUCUGUAACUCAUUAUGUUUGUUUCUAUCUGUAACAAUAUCUAUCUAUCUAUCUAUCUAUCUAUCUAUCUAUCUAUCUAUCUCUGUUCAUUAUAUAUUUAUCUGUCUAUCUGUAACACAAUAUGUUUGUUCCUUUGUAUCUAUCUAUCUAUCUAUCUAUCUAUCUAUCUAUCUAUCUAUCUAUCUAUCUAUCUCUGUUCAUUAUAUAUUUAUCUGUCUAUCUGUAACACAAUAUGUUUGUUCCUUUGUAUCUAUCUAUCUAUCUAUCUAUCUAUCUAUCUAUCUAUCUAUCUAUCUAUCUAUCUAUCUAUCUAUCUAUCCUAUCCUAUCUAUCUAUAUCUAUCUAUCUAUCUAUCUAUCUCUCUAUAUCUAUCUAUCUAUCUAUCUAUCUAUCUAUCUCUCUAUUUCUAUUAUAUAUUUAUCUGUCUCAUCCAUCUAUCUAUCUAUCUCUAUCUAUCUAUCUAUCUAUCUAUCUAUCUAUCUAUCUCUAUCUAUCUGUCUUUUAUCUAUCUAUCUAUCUAUCUAUCUAUCUAUCUAUCCUAUCUAUCUAUCUAUCUAUCUAUCUGUCUUUGAAUAUCUAUCUGUCUAUAACUCAUCUUUCUAUAUUUGUUUUUAUCACAGCCUUUUCAAAUCUUCGGAACUCUCUGAAAAGAAUUGGUGA